GCAAUGAUGGACGAUGCUGUCCUCUUCUGCCAACACCAGGACGCCCAGCAGAAAUCGUCGCAAGCAGGUUCGAUCGCAGACAGCUUGCCAAUGAUGAUGUACGGUUUUGGAGACGAGCAACACCCGCUGCCGGAGACGGUGGCCUACAUGCAAGAGGUGGUGGGCGAGUACGUGCAGUAUGUGACGGACAAGGCGUGCAAGGCGGCCGAGGUCAAGGGGAAACUGGACACCGAGUGCUUUGUGUUGGCGGUGCGAAACGACAAGGCAAAGUUCAAGCGGGUCAAGGAGCUCCUGGACAUGAACGUGCAUAUCAAGAACUGCACCCGUCAACGCUACGUUGACGACAACCUCACCGUCUACCACCCUACGUUCGUCACUCGCCCAAAGGUCAGGGCUAUCGUUCCGCUGAAUCGCUUGUCUGCUACCGCCUUGGCGGAGCCGUCGUUGCCGCCGCCACCCCCGUCACCUUCUGCUGCUCCUCCUGUGUCGUCUUCUGCUACGCUGGUGGCAACACCGCCUGUUUUGCAAUCGGACGGCACCGUACGAUGACGUUGGGGGUACCGUGGCGCUGAUGAUGGUGGUGCUGCUUCGGUUGGAAAUGUAGGCAUGGGGUGAUUUCGAGACUACAUAUGCGGGGGCUCGUUUAUUUAUGGGGCAUCCUUUCUUGCCGUGUGGGUGCGCCGGAGGUUGUCUUCCACGAUGUCCGGUUGGGGGUUGAUUUUGGCAGCUACCUUCACUCACAACAGGGGGUUUGCCAAGUUGUGAUUGGGGCAAUGGGUGGAAACAAUCGGUGGACACGCAUCCUGCGAGCUCGUCGGGGAGGUACAGAUUAGGUACAGAUUAGAGAGAGAGGGCGGCGGGAGGUUCCAGACGUGCCGAGAUUUGGUGGUCAGUAAGUAGCUUGCAAUGAUGAUUGGUUUAAGAGAACCAAACGAGAGAGGCACGUGUUGCGAUACGCG